AUGGCAGUAACACACGUCUUCAAAGUCGUGGACGGACUCUCUCUGGAGAUAGACGUCCACGAACCCACCCCAAAACAAGAAAACAACCCCGUGCUGCUCCACUUCCAUGGAGGAUUCCUAGUAAUCGGAGAAAAAACCACCUUCCCUCCUCACUGGCUCAUCAACGCCUGUCGCAAACGCAGAUGGACAUACGCAACAGCCUCCUACCGCCUCCUCCCCGAAUCCUCCGGCCAUGAAAUCCUGCAAGACGCAGUCGACGCCGUCAACUGGGUGCACGAUAAUAUCAGCAAGCGGGUGAUCAUCGCUGGGUCCAGCGCAGGCGGGUAUCUGGCGCUCGCGUCCGCUGCGAGUCCGAAUACACCACGUCCGCUCGCCGUGCUCUGCAUAUACGGUUUGUUGGACCCGGCGGACGAGCGGUACACAUGCCGAGGUCGGCCGCUGCCUGGGGUAGUUCGUGACGAGGAACAGGCGCUGGCGGAGGUGGAGGCUGCUUCGCGCGAUCAGGCGAUUGAUGGGUAUGCGUUCCCGUCCGAUCCGGCGGUUGAUCGGCGGUUUGGGUGGAUUAGGGCUUUGCAUCAGGCCGCGCGGUUCCCGGAUGUGCUUGUGGGGAAGCCUGGGUUGGCGGCGAGGAUUGCUGCUGAGGGGGUUGGGGCGAUUGCGGCGGAGGAUCGGGGGCUGUUUCCUGCUAGCUUUGGGUUGGGGGCUGGGUUCCCGCCUAUGGUGCUUUUGCAUGGGGAUGCGGAUUUGUUGGUUGGGUAUGAGUUGAGUGCGAAGGUGGCUGGGACUUUGGAGACGCUUGGUGUGGAUGUUGCUUUGGAGCGGGCUGAGGGACAGGGGCAUGGGUUUGAGGCGAAAGAGGUUAUUGACUUGGAUGAUGGAAGUUUGAGAGACAAUGCUUUUGCGGAUACGCUUAAGCGUGUUGUCGCGCACCUUGAAAGACAUGUUCAAUGA